CUUCCUCUUUUCCUUUCCCAUUUUCUCCCCACACCUCUCUUUUCGUCAUUUCUCCAAGUUAGAGAGAGAGAGAUAGAGCCCACUUGCAUGCUUUUCAAUUACAAUCAUGGUCACAAAAUGCAGGGGAAGGGCAGAGGAUGAUUGGAGAAGAGGGCUUGGUUUUCCUUCAUCCAUUGAAGCAGUCUGUAUGAUAGUGACUGCAUUAUAGAUGAUGAUGCAUUACUCUGUUGACUAAACCAACAAAACCAACCCAAAUUCCUUUCUCUUAUUCUCAUCAACUCAUUCCAAUUCUUUGUCUCCUUAGGGUUGGGGGAACCCAAAAUCCUUUCCCUUAUUCCCAUCAACUCAUGCCUAGUCUUUGUCUCCUUGGGGUUGGGAGCUGGCUCACUUUUCUUACUAAAACAGCUAAACCCACCACCCAAUUUCUUUCCCUUAUUCUCAUCAACUCAUGCUUUUGUCCUUGCCUCCUUGGGUUUAGGGCUCACUUUUUCUUUGGAUCCCUCAAUUUCCUACUAAUACACAAGUGUAGUAUAGUGUAGAACACCAACCGAUUACCUUUGUGUGUGUGUGUGUGAGCUGUGAGGAUUCACAUACGCACAUGCAUGAAACACUUAUUGGUUCUUGUCAUAUACUCGCGUGUUUAUGUGUGUUCUUAUAGGGAGUUUGAAAUUUCUGGGUUUGGAGCAGAAAGUGGUUUCUGAAGUCAGGAGUCUAAGGGACAGAGUUGCAGAUUUCUUUAUCACAGAUGGUAGCCAAGGAUGAGAACCACACUGCGAGGGUUAGGUUCUGUAGCUCUAGAGCCAGGAAAGAGGAAAGCUUGUGAUAUUCUUGUUUGUUUGAGGGUUUCCUUCAGGGAAGAUUUUGAAGGUCAAGGAGCAUGAAAUACUUUUGAGAUAACAAAAUUUAGAUGAUAUGUCAUGACAUUUGUUAGCGAAAGAAACAAGCAUAAAAAUGAAGUUUAUGAAGAUUGGGAACCGGCCAGAUAUCUUCUACACAGAAGAGGCUAGAAGGUCUGUAUCUUCAGAUGUACCCAGUGACCUCAUCAUACAAAUCAACAACACUACAUAUCUACUUCAUAAGUAUCCACUUCUUCCUAAGUGUGGGCUCUUACAACGACUUAGUUCUGAUGGUGAUGAUCCUAGCAAAGUUCCACUCGAGCUUCAUGAUAUUCCUGGAGAAGAGGAGGCUUUUGAGCUAUGUGCCAAAUUCUGCUAUGGAAUUACAAUCAACCUGUGUGCUCAUAACUUUGUCCCUGCAUUCUGUGCUGCAAACUUCCUUGGGAUGACUGAAUCAGUUGAGAAGGGAAAUUUUGUAUUGAAACUUGAAACCUUCUUCAAGUCGUGCAUCCUUGAAGGUUGGAAAGACUCUGUUGUCACUCUACAGACUGCUGAAAAGCUGUUUGAGUGGUCCGAAAAUCUUGGAAUCAUUAGACAGUGCAUAAACUCAAUUGUUGAGAAAAUUCUUAUGCAACCCUCAAAGGUUACAUGGUCCUACACUUACACCAGACUGGGAUACACGGGAAAACAUCACCACUCUGCCCCGAAGGAUUGGUGGACGGAGGAUAUAUCCAAUCUUGACAUAGACCUUUUUCGUACUAUAAUUGCUGCCAUCAGAUUGACAAAGAUGCUCUCACCACAGCUUAUUGGUGAAGCUUUGCAUGUCUAUGCAUGUCGAUGGCUACCAGACACAUCACAGAGCAGUCUCCCAGAGACUUCAGUAUCUCAAACUGAAUCAGCAGUGGAGAAGCAUAAGCAGAUACUAGAGACUAUUGUGAACAUGAUUCCAUCUGAUCAUGGCUCAGUAUCAAUUGGUUUCCUGUUAAGGCUCCUCAGCAAGGGAAAGAUUCUUGGGGUGUCUCCUUCAACAAAGACUCAGCUCAUAAGGAGAUCUGGUCAGCAGUUAAUGGAGGCAACAGUUAAGGAUCUGCUCUUUCCUUCACACUUAUCUUCUGAUCGGCAUUUCUAUGAUACCGACUUGGUAUUGGCAGUAUUAGAAAGUUUCUUGUUGCAAUGGCGAAGGCAAGCCUCUCCAGGAGAUGGUGAUUCUCUAAGGGUUAUAAGGAAGGUGGCACAGCUUAUCGAUUCUUACCUCCAGGUUGUCGCAAGGGAUGUCAACAUGCCAGCAUUGAAGAUAGUCACUCUUGCAGAAUCCUUACCAGAGAUUGCCCGGCCAAGGCAUGAUGACUUGUACAGGGCAAUUAACAUAUAUCUCAAGGAGCACCCAGAUCUAAGCAAGUCAGAGAAAAAGCGUCUCUGCCGGAUUCUAGACUGCCAGAAAUUGUCCCCUGAAGUAUGUGCACAUGCAGUAAGAAAUGAACGGCUGCCACUGAGAACUGUUGUGCAAGUCCUGUUCUACGAACAAGAGAGAGGUGCAGGGCCAACAACUCAUGAGCCAAAACCAGCCGAGAAGAACCCUGAAGAAGAGCAUCCUCAAUCAGUUACCAGGGGCGACAAUCAUGGAAGGUUGAAAUCAGGACUGGAGGAACAAUUUGGUGGGGUUGAGAGUGUUAGGAAGGCCACAAGCCCAAGCUUAGUGGAAAGAGUGCAUCGCAGAACGAUCAAAUCGGAUGAAAGGCAGCAACUGGAGUUGGAAACGAAGGCGGGGAUGGGGAAUCUAAGAGAGACUGGAGAGGAAGGUAUGUCCAGAAGCCUGUCGGAGUCUAACAAGACCACAGGAAGGAAAAUUAAAUCAGAUCUUAGCCAUAAAAGAGGUGGGAACAGAUAGUUUUAUAAGCUAGAGAGCUUUCUAUCUGUUGCUAUAUUUCCUUAUCUUCUGUUCUACAUUUUUCAAUAUAUGGUAAAUAAUAUUCUUAUACAUUCACCCUGGACUGUAAUCCAAGUUGUCGAUCAGGAAACAAAGUAGAGAAAUUUUAAAUAUAGGGAUUCAAUGCCUAUUUGAUUAAUUACUUGCAUUUCCUA